CUUGAUUUGAUAAGGUUCGCGUGGAAAUAGGUUGAAUAUAGAUUUUAUGUAAAAUUAAUAUUUGCCGAAUAAAUAGAUACAAGAGUUUUUUUAUACGUAAUAAUGUUACAACCGGUGAUGCAUGUGUUAAAACAAAAAAACAUAAUAUUGGCGAGUGGGUCACCUAGAAGAAAAGAGUUAAUUGAAAAUAUUGGUUUGAAAGUUGGUCUUUGCCCAUCACUCUUUGAGGAAAAUCUCGAUCCAAAAAAAUUUAAGAAUUUUUCAGAAUUCGUUGAGGAAACAGCUCUGCAGAAAGUUCUAGAAGUAGAUAACCGAUUAAAGUUGCAGGGUAAUCCUCCAGAUGUUGUUAUUGGUGCUGAUACAAUGGUUACUCUCGAUGGAACUAUGUUUGGCAAACCCACAUCGGAAGAAGAAGCUUUUGACAUGCUGAACAGACUGUCAGGAAGAAGUCAUACUGUGUACACUGGUGUUGUGCUCAAGGCGAUGGACAAAACAGUUAAAUUCACAGAAAAAACAGAUGUUACUUUUGGAAAAUUGGAUGAAGAACAAAUUAAGGGAUACAUAGCCACCGGAGAACCUAUGGAUAAAGCCGGAGGCUAUGGUAUACAAGGAGUGGGUGGCACAUUUGUUGAGAGGGUCGAAGGUGACUAUUUCACUGUGGUUGGUUUGCCGCUAUAUAGGCUGUGUUCUGUACUCUAUGACAUGUUUAAAGAAACUAAAUAAGUGACUAUCAAUAGCUCUUAGGAUGAAU